ACCGGGUGGGAGGGACUUAUAGGGGCCGAUCCCAGAAAAGGUGCGGAACACGGUGAUGGUGCUGGUUCCUGGUAGCUGUAACCUCUCUGGCAUCUCCUGAAGCCAUGUCCGGCGCAAAGCAGCAAGGAAGAGGGGCGCACUUCUACCCCAGAAGGAGAAGAGCACACACCUACAUCCUUAGAGAAGAGAAGCCCACAGUGUUCAUUGAAAAAGUACUGAAGAGACUCUAUCCUUCUGUUGCAAGUCAACAGCUUCAGUCUACAACAGAGACUUCUGCCUCAAAAUCUGAACUAGAACCAACUCAAGUCCAGCCUUCAGCAGAUGAUGAAAAUAAGAAUCAACCCAGGAAAAAAGUGUACACAGUAAGCCUGCCACCUGAUGGAUAUGUGCCAUGUUCUCUAGAAUUUACUGAUAACAGAAAAUCAGAAAAGUCUGAUAGCCCUGAUGACACAGAAGAAGAGAAUCCUCAAGAGCCAUCAAAGAGAAGAAUUAAAAAGCGGAAACCAAAGAAUAUUUUGCAACAUCCCCAUAAUGUCCAUGUAGAGCAAACAAAAUUUGAGGAGAAUGAGAGUCAUUUACAAGAAAAAUUACAGCCACAGCAUACAGAUGGUCCACAAAUAAGCAAAAAUAAAAAAAGGAAACUGAAAAAGAAACAGCAAAAAGAAAGGAAGAGAGCAGCUGGCUUACUAACAAAAGCAACUGGCAUCAGUUUUACAUACCAGCCUGAGAGCAACAGUGAAGGAGAAGAUUUUAAAGAUACCAAUGAAAAGGCAGAUGGCAUCCUAGACUUCUUGCAAGCAACACAAGAAAUUUAUUUCUCUGACAGUAAUUCUAAAUCUUCUGGUUCGACUGCCUGCUGGGAAACUAUCCAGGAGAUUUUGAAACAUCUUGAAUUUCAUCGCAUAUCUUCUGAAGAUAUUAUACUUUUGCACCAAAUGAAAACUCUGGUACUUUUACAAGAUGCUGAAAGAUUGAAGGGUGCUUUGGAACUAUUCCAAGAAGAAUGCAUGAUGCCUUCUGACCAUGCAAAAGAAAUUGCAACUCUUUUUCAUUACUGGAUUACAGACAUCCUUCCUAUAAGGUCCAGAUGCCCAUCUGCAAACAGUUAAAAUUUAAUAACAAGAAAAAGCCUGAAAGAAGAAAUGUGAAAUGCCUGAGAAUUCUAAAUGCUGCAAUUCUCAGGAGUGAUUUUAAAAGGAAAGAAGUUCCAUAUUUUUACAGUAUAAAUCAAAUAUUGUAAAUCGAUAAGAUUUAUCUGUUUAUAUGCUUGAGUAAAAUAAACACUAAGUGUUAAUUAACAUUUUGAAUGUUAAAAUCAGGAGAUUCAAAUUGAAAUGUUAUUUGUACAUUUAUUUUUUCAGUGUAUAGGUUUUAAAUUAACAUUAAGAUUUGUUUUGCCUUAAAAAAAAAACCACAAAAAUGUACCUUGCAGAAUCAAAUCAGCUAUUGUUUUGAAGCCAUAAUAAAUUUUUUAAUAUACAGAUCACACUGAAUUUUAAACUAUUUAAAAAAAAACUAUUAUCCCUAAUUUUCGAGAAUGUUUAAUGCCAGGUUUCUGUUGAACUUUUGGGGGGGACAGAGGUAGGGGAGUGAGUAGGUCUGUAGAUUUUAAGUGCAUUUGCUUUGGCAUGUUGGAAAAGGCACUAGAGAUAUGGAUUCAGAUUAAGAUUUGAAUCAAAUAUGAUAUAGAUUAAAAUCUUGACCCUGCCCCUUACUACCUAUCCUUGUACUUUGUUUUUUUAAAUACCAGAUAGAAACUUUAAUUUAUAAAAUAAGGAGGUUGGACUAGAUGACUUCUAAGUUUGCCUUCAGGCUCAGCCUGUGAUUCUAACCAUCUCAUUGUUUGGGGGUCACGUGAUCCACAAUCCCAGAAUUUUCCAGACAGAGGAAACCUGAACUUGAAUCUAGUUCAGCUUUUGAAGAAGGGAUUUCCCCAAGGCUGGCCAGAGCCUUCUGACUUUAGGGAAAGAGCUAUCCAUAGUAUAUCUCAGGUCUGUCUGCAAGGAACUAUACAGAAACCAUUACAAAAUAGAAAUAAACGUAUAUAUCUCUCUCCCAGUAAUAGCUCUCCCAUGUGCAAUCCCCAUUUCCAUUUCGAUUUUUUUCUUUGCUUCAGUUCUUUUCCUGAAAAUGCUUUUUUCUUAUGUUUAUCCACUAGGAUGAAGAAUUAAGAAAUACUGACUGACCUCAGGAACUGGGAGCCGGAAGGGGAGGCCGUGGGCUGCUAGUUUUGUAAUCAGAAUCAAAAAAACCCAAGCGCCCUCAGAAGUGCCAAGUGAGUGGCUGUUCUGGGCAGAUUCAGACAGCUGGCAGUCCGCUCCCUAGCCAUUCCCUCUUUCUCCGUGACUCUUUCCUUUUCAUUUAUCUCACGUUGUCCCUAACUUUCCAUCCACUUGGCAUGACUUACCUGCCUGUGCUAAUAACCUCAGUCACAUGACCACCUACAGAGAGGGUGGGGUGGGGGCCUGGGACUAGAUUGUCACAUGGAAAAGGCAUGGGGGAUGAUUUAACUUAGUCUUCUCACUCGCCCGCCCUGUGACCUGUGCAAGCAAAAACCUCCUACAAAGAAAGCUCUGAUUUACUAAAAAGAUCAAUAUGGUGAGAAAGGCCAUGAAAAUAGCAUCUCUUUGGUGACCCUUCCCUCUCUGAAGACAGGAGCCACCGCACACCCACCCCCCAACUCCAGGGGCUCCUUCAAAGGCCCUUCCCUUUUCUCUGUUAGCAGUCCACUCAUUUCCUCCUGCCACUGCCUUGGCGCCCGGAGCCCUCCGCCUCACACCGUUUUAGUUGUUUUGCCCCUCGGGCUCACUGCCCUCAUAACAGCCGCCAUAUCUUGUAGCUGGCUGACCAGCCCCAUGACCCAGAACCAUCCAAUGUUAUUGGUGACCCCAUCUCCUCCAAUCUUUGCCUCCUUUCCGCUACUGCUACAUCUGAAGCAGGCUGCAAAAGAAAGAAAAUCUGAUUUGACAAGCAGCCACAGCAAUAGGAAAUGAGGCUGGAUUUGGAGUCAAAGUUUGUGAAAUCAAAUUCUUUCUCACCACAUGAUGACAUAAAUUCUUGGGGCCUUGGGUUCCUUCCUCUGUAAAAUCUGGGAAUUUGGCUCAAUUUCAAAGCUUUAGUCUGUCUCUAAACCCCUAACAUAUCCACUUGCUAGUCAUUUUUCUCUAGUCUAAUAAUAAUUCAAGGAGCAGCUGGGUCACUCAGUGGAUAGAGAAACAGGCCUAGAGACAGAGAGGGGUCCUGGGCUCAAAUCUGGCUUCAGAUACUUCUCAGCUGUAUGACCCUGAACAAGUCACUUAACCGCAUUGCCUAGCCCUUAACACUCUUGGAACCAAUACACAGUAUUGAUUCAAUAGCUGAAGGUAAAGGUUAAAAAAAAUGUUUUAAUAAAAAUAAUCCAGUUUCAAUAAAGGCUAUAAAAUGCCUUGCUCAGGACAACCGUGCCCCCUCACUAGUAUAUUUUACUAAUUUUAUAGACGAUUUUAAAAGAGAAUUGAGCAGGUUGUAAUUUACCUAAGUUCUCACAGCUAAUGAAAGAGCAGAACUUGAAUAAAUAUCUUUUUGAUUCCAAGUCUAGUGUGCUUCUCACUACAGUAUACUUCCAUUAGAACUUAAGCUCCUUUGGGGCAGUAGGUUGUUGUUUUUCUUAUUUGUAUCCCCAACAUCACAAUAUCUCUUGCAUAGUGCUUAAUAAAUUAAAUCAAAACAACUAUCAGAAGUUAUUUUAUUCAAUUAUAUGCCAACACAUUUAAUUUUAAGUGAAAUGGAUGAAUACUUACAAAAAUAUAAAUUGCCUAGACUAACAGGAGAAAAUAGAAUAUUUAAAUAAAUCUUUUUAUUUAAAAAAAAGAAAUUAAAGAGGCUAUAAAAUAUAAAAGAACAUGCUAAGGAAAAAAACAUCACGAACAGAUGGAUUCACAAGUGAAUUUUACCAAAUAUUUAAAGAUUACCUAAUUCUAAUAUUAAAUUAUUUAGAACAAUUGGCAGAGGAAUCUUGCCAAAAUCCUUUUAUGAAACAAAUAUGGUGCUUAUAUCUAAACUAGGAAGAACAAAAACAAAGAAAGAAAAUUAUAAGCCAAUUUCAUUAAUGAAUAGAUUUGCAAAAAUUAAAAUAUUAGUGACUACAACAAUAGUUAUUGCUGUAUAUUAUACAUACACAAAAGGUUAUAUAUUAUGACCAAACAGGAUUUAUACCGGAUAGGUAGAGCUGGUUUAAUAUAAGGAAAACUAUUAACAUAAUUGAAUAUAUCAACAAAAAAGUAACAAAUAUAAUAUAAUUUUUUUAAAAAAACUUGAUAAAAGUAACAAAAUCAAUAGAUGCAGAAAAAGGUUUUCACAAAAUAUACCACCCAUUCCUAUCCAAAACAUUGAAAGGGGGGUAGCUGGGUAGCUCAGUGGAUUGAGAGCCAGGUCUAGAGACUGGAGGUCCUAGGUUCAAAUCUGUCCUCAGACACUUCCCAGCUGUGUGACCCUGGGCAAGUCACUUGACCCCCAUUGCCUAGCCCUUACCACUCUUCUGCCUUGGAACCAAUACAUAGUAUUGAUUCAAAGAUGGAAGGUAAGGGUUUAAAAAAAAAACAUUGAAAGCAUAAUUAUAAUUGGUUUUUUCCUUCGAUUAAUAAGUAUAUAUUUAAAAUCAUCAGCAAACAUCUAUAAUGUGGAGAAAUUAGAAGCCUUCCCUAUAAGAUGUAGAGUUAAAAAAACCCUCCGGGUUGUUCAGAUCAAUGCAUUAUCACUAAUGGAAGAGUCCAUUACAUUCAAUUGUACCACAGUGUAUCAGUCUCUGUGUACAUUGUUCUCUUGGUUCUGCUCCUCUCACUCUGCAUCACUUCUUGGAGGUUGUUCCAGUCUCCAUGGAAUUCCUCCACUUUAUUAUUCCUUUUAGCACAAUAGUAUUCCAUCACCAACAUAUACCACAUUUUGUUCAGCCAUUCCAAAAUUGAUGGGCAUCCCCUCGUUUUCCAAUUUUUGGCCACUACAAAGAGCGCAGCUAUGAAUAUUCUUGUACAGGUCUUUUUCCUUAUUAUCUCUUUGGGGUACAAACCCAGCAGUGCUAUGGCUGGAUCAAAGGGCAGACAUUCUUUUAUCGCCCUUUGGGCAUAGUUCCAAAUUGCCCUCCAGAAUGGUUGGAUCAAUUCACAACUCCACCAGCAAUGAAUUAAUGUCCCUACUUUGUCACAUCCCCUCCAGCAUUCAUUACUUUCCAUAGCUGUCAUGUUAGCCAAUCUGCUAGGUGUGAGGUGAUACCUCAGAGUUGCUUUGAUUUGCAUCUCUCUGAUUAUAAGAGAUGUAGAGCACUUUUUCAUGUGCUUAUUAAUAGUUUUGAUUUCUUUGGCUGAGAACUGCCUAUCCAUGUCCCUUGCCCACUUAUCAAUUGGAGAAUGGCUUGAUUUUUUGUACAAUUGAUUUAGCUCUUUGUAAAUUUGAGUAAUUAGACCUUUGUCAGAGGUUUUUGUAAUGAAGAUUGUUUACCAAUUUGCCGCUUCCCUUCUAAUUUUGGAUGCAAUCGUUUUGUUUGUACAAAACUUUUUUAAUUUGAUGUAAUCAAAAUUAUUUAUUUUACAUUUUGUGAUUUUUUUCUAGCUCUUGCUUGGUUUAAAAGUCUUUCCUUUCCCAAAAAUCUGACAAGUAUACUAUUCACCUACUUUGCUUAUAGUUUCCUUCUUUAUAUUCAGGUCAUUCACCCAUUCUGAGUUUAUCUUGGUGUAGGGUGUGAGGUGUUGAUCCAAACCUAAUCUCUCCCACACUGUCUUCCAAUUUUCCCAGCAGUUUUUAUUAAAUAGUGGAUUUUUGUCCCAAAAGCUGGGAUCUUUGGGUUUGUCAUAGACUGUCUUGCUGAAGUCACUUACCCCAAGUCUAUUCCACUGAUCCUCCUUUCUCUUAGCCAGUACCAAAUUGUUUUGAUGACUGCUGCUUUAUAAUACAGUUUGAGAUCUGGGAUUGCAAGGCCUCCUUCCUUUGUAUUUUUUUUAAUAAUUUCCCUGGAUAUCUUUGAUCCUUUAUUCUUCCAAAUGAACUUUGUAAUGGUUUUUUCUAAUUCAGUAAAAAAAAUUUUUUGGUAGUUCAAUGGGUAUGGCACUGAAUAAGUAAAUUAAUUUGGGCAGGAUUGUCAUUUUUAUUAUGUUAGCUCGUCCUACCCAUGAGCUAUCAAUGUUUUGUCCAGUUGUUUAGAUCUAGUUUUAAUUGUGUGGAGAGUGUUUUCCAGUUGUGUUCAUAUAGUUCCUGUGUUUGUCUCGGGAGGUAGAUUCCUAAGUAUUUUAUAUUGUCUCAGGUGAUUUUAAAUGGAAUUUUUCUUUCUAAUUCUUGCUGCUGAGAUGGGUUGGAGAUAUAUAGAAAUGCUGAUGACUUAUGCGGGUUUAUUUUGUAUCCUGCUAGAUGUAUGAUUCUGGGCAAGUCACUUACCCACAUUGCCUAGACUCUGCUGCUCUCCUUGGAACCAAUACUCAAUAUUGUUUCUAAGAUGGAAGGUGAAGGGUUUUUGUUUUUUUGUUUUUUAAGAAAACAAAAUGCUAACAAUAACAAUAAAAGAAGAGGUAUCUGAAUGGGCAAAGAGGUUAAAAAUGAAACCUCUCUUUUUGCAGAUGAUAUGAUGAUAUAUAGAAAAUCCUAGAAAUUCAAUUUAAAAAUUGACUAUUAAUUUUAGAAAAAUACUAGGAUUAAACUCACAUUAAUCAUUAGCAUUUCUAUAUAUUCAAUAUCAAUAUCCUGCAAAAAGAGAUAGUAAGAGGUAACUCAUUUAAAUUAACCACAGAUAAAAUAUCUAGGAGCAUAUCUCCCCCCUCAAAAUCCAGAAACUCUAUGAACAUAAUUAUAAAAUACUUUUUAUACAAAUAAAGUCAAACAAAUAAUUGGAGUAUUAAUUGUUCUUGGAUGGACAGAGCCAAUAUAAUUAAAAUGAUAAUCCCACCUAAACUUACCCACUUGGCUUAUACUAUACUAAUUAAAUUGCCAAAAAAAUUUUUUUGUUGAAUUAGAAAAAAUAAGAAAAUUUAUUUGAAAAAACAAAAGAUCAAGAAUGUCAAAGGAAAUUGGGGGGAAGAGGAAGGAAGUCUAGCAGUACCAGAUUUCAAACUAUAUUAUAAAGCAGAAACUUUCAAAACUUUCUGAUAUUGGCUAAGAAAUACAAAAGGAAUUUAGCAGAACAGAAUAGACAUACACUAAACAAUCAUAAAAGAUUAUAGUAAUCUUGUGUUUGACAAAGACAAAGAUCCAAGUUUUUGGAAUAAGAAUUUACUACCUAGCAAAAACUUAUUGGAAAAACUGGAAAGCAGUUUGGCAGAAACUAGUUAUAGACCAAUAUCUUACACCAUUUAUGAAGAUAAAGCUCAAAAUGGAUACAUAACCUAGGUAUAAAGUGAAAUAAAAUAAGCAAAUUUGAAGAACAGAGAACAUAUUACCCAUCAGAUUUAUGGAUAGAAGAAUUUAUGAAUAAACAAGAAAUAGAAACCAUUGUGACAUGUAAAAUGGCAAUUUUGAAUAUACUAAAUUUAAAGUUUUUUGUUCAAAUAAAACUAACAUACCCAAGAUUAGAAGGAAAUUGGUUAAGUUGGGGAGAAAAUUUAAUAAACAAUUCCUUGGAUAGAGGUCUAAUAUCUAAAAUACCUAGAGAACUUUCUUGAAUAUAAAAGAAUAUGAUCCAUUCCCCAAUUGAUACAUGGUCAAAAAGAUAUGGCAAGACAGUUUUUGGAUGAAGAAAUCAAAGCUAUAUAUAACCAUAUGAAAUAAAUGUUCUAAAUUAUUGAUUAAAGAAAUGUGAAUCAAAACAAUUUUGAGAUAUCAUACCUAUAAAUGAUUGAUGAAAAUGAUAAAAGGGCAAAAUGACAUUGGAGGAGAUGUGGAAAAAUAGAACUAUGAACUGGCAUAACCAUUUUGACGAUCAAUCUGGAAUUUUACUCAAAGAGUUAUAAAGCUGUCUAUACCUUUUGACCCAGAAUAUUUUGACCCAGUAGUAAUAUGGGUUUAUUUCCUAAAGUGAUCAAGCAAAAAAGAAAA